AUGGACAGCAGCGGGGGCCCCCCGCUCUGCUUCCCCAGCCUUAACUCCUCCUGCAGGCGUCUGCCUCUGCCCCGCUUUGAGACUGCUCUUCUCUACAUCCUGCUGGCCUCCGUCUCUCUGUUGACUGUGACUCUCAACCUGCUGGUCAUCAUCUCUAUCUCUCACUUCAGGCAGCUCCACACCCCGACCAACACCCUGCUGCUGUCUCUGGCUGUGUCCGACCUGGUGGUGGGGCUGCUGGUGAUGCCCAUCGAAGGCCUGCGCUACAUGGAGACGUGCUGGCUGCUGGGGAGGCUGAUGUGUGCUCUGACUCCUUAUGUUUCUUACUGUCUGCUGUCUGCCUCUCUGGGCAACAUGGUGCUCAUAUCCAUAGACCGUUAUCUGGCCAUCUGUGACCCGCUGCGCUAUUCCUCUAAGAUCACCCUGAACAGAGUUAAAAUUUUAAUCUCUCUCUGUUGGAUUUGUUCAAUUAUCUACAAUGGGCUAAUCCUAAUGGACCACCUAGGGUGGUCGAAGAGGUUCAGCUCCUGUCAUGGGGAGUGUGUGGUGGUCAUCAGCCACAUCUCGGGAACUGUUGACCUCUUCAUCACCUUUGUCGGACCCUGUACUGUCAUGGUUAUUCUGUAUAUGAGGGUGUUUGUUGUUGCUGUUUCUCAGGUGCGUGUCAUUCGGUUGCAGACAGCAGCCACCGCUCUCACUGCAGCUCCAACUGCUAAAAAGGAGAGGAAGGCAGCCAGGACUCUUGGGAUUGUGAUAGCUGUGUUUCUAAUGUGUUUCUGCCCUUAUUACUAUCCCUCUCUUGCAGGAGAGGAUACCUCAAACAGCUUGUCGUACUUUGCUGUUCUGUCUUGGAUCAUGUUGAUGAACUCCUGUGUAAACCCUCUGAUUUACGCUCUGUUCUACCCCUGGUUUAGGAAGGCUAUCAAACUCAUUUUCACCCUCAGAAUACUGCAGCCUCACUCCCAGGAGGUCAAGAUCCUUUAGAUAGAGCUGAAACUC